CUUGUGAAAAAGUGAAAAUCAAACACUUACGAUACGUCCUUGAAGAAGAUGCCGGUGGGAAGGUCGUCAAAGAUGGAUAUUCGAUUAUUUGUUUUACUCAUCUUCAUCGCGUUUGUUCAUCAAAGUAUCAACGCUGAAAAUUUGAAACUAUGCGUGGUCGAGAGCAUUCAUACAACAAAAAAGGUCCGCGAACUUUGCAAGCAGUUGGUAAUCUCAGGGAGUCAGGUAGAGUGUGUUAUAGGAAAUGAUAGGUUUAAUUGCCUGCGGCGAUUGACCAUGGCCAAAGCCGACUUUACCGUAAUGGAACCGGAAGAUCUGGUCGCAGCAUCCGCGUACAACGAAUACAACAUUCUAGUCACGAACGAGCUAAGAAUGCUUCCAGAUGAGAAGCAACGUUAUGAGAUGGUAGUCAUAGUAUCUAAGGAUGUGAGGAAUAUAUGGGACGUUAAGGGUAAGAGAUUCUGUCAUCCUGGACUGGAUACCACCGAUGAUUGGACCAAUGCAUUUUCUACGUACUUUGACGAAUGGGUAAUAUUGAGAAAAUGUGAUCCGGACAAGACGUUGUUGGAGAAUCGAAUGGACGGUUUGUCGAAUUUCUUCGAGGCAGCUUGUAUAGCUGGUGCUUGGACCGCCGAUACCACAUAUGAUAGUAAAUUAAAAUCGAAGUAUAGGAACCUUUGUGCCGCGUGCGAUAAUCCAGUCGGCUGUUAUACGAAUGAUGCCUAUUACGGUCGCGAAGGUGCUUUAUUCUGCCUCACUGAUAACGCAGGUGACAUUGCCUGGGUUAGAUUAAAUGAUACCUUGCUGCAUUUCAAGACGGAACGGAUCAGUAAAGAAAAUUACAAGUAUCUUUGUCCGGAUGGUACGACGAGGCCCGUGAAACUUGACAAACCAUGCGUAUGGAUAACAAAACCAUGGCCGAUGGUCGUCGCUAGAUCAGAGGUAGCAGAAAAGGUGGAGAAGAUGAUGAGCUCCUUGAAAAUGGACAAGUUUAGUUCGAUACUACGCCAAUUGUUGGAAAAUUAUCAUCUGACGCCGGUGAGCACAGAUACUCUGGAAACGCCGGAGGACUUCCUAACAAGAUUUCCUCGUUUCAUGACCGCUAAUAAUCGUGCAACGUGUCAUCCAUCGAGAAGGGUGAAAUGGUGCGUCGCGUCCAAUUUGGAAGAGAAUAAGUGUCGGUGGCUCAGGGAAGCUUCGAUCGUGUAUGGCGUGGAACCAGCAAUUUCGUGUAUCCAGGAAUUGAGCAGAGCAGGUUGUUUAAAGAGUCUCAAGACCGAGCGUGCGGAUAUAUUCGUUGCAAAGCCUGAGGAGCUGUUUGACGCCAGAAAAAUGGGUCUAAAAACGAUCGUGCAGGUGGUACCCAAGAGGAACAAUGACUUCGUUAGAAUUGCGGCUAUCGUCCAACAGGAUUCAUGGAUCAAGAGUUUGAAAGACUUGAAAGGAGUCAAGGCGUGUUUCACGGGAUAUCGAGACGUUGGAUGGUACGCUUUUGUGGCUGCUCUGAAGAAUAUAUCAGGUACAAAGUCUUAUUGUUCGGACACGGAAGCAGUUGCUAACUUUUUUACAGAGAGUUCCGUUGUUGGUCUGAGUGACAGUGACGGCCAAAUGCCAUAUAAUUUACAUGCCUUGAAUAUCCAAGCGAACGGAGUUGGGAAAGAUUUGAUUGCCUUUGACUGCAUGAUGUCUGAUGUUGGAGACGUGGCCUUUGUUGACUUAAAGAACAUUGAGGGGAAAAUUGGCAAUCCUGGCUAUCAGACGAGGAAUAACAAGUACCGAACCCUAUGCCUUAAUGAAGUCGAUUCGGAUGAAAUAUGUUUGCUUACGUGGGCUCCGUUAGGCAUGGUGAUAACACAUGAAAAUAUAACAGACGUAAGACGAGAAGAAAUCUACUCGAUGCUUUUGGAAAUGGACAAGCUUUUCGGAAUUACUUUCAAGGGCCCAACGCCUGCGUUCUCCAUGUAUGGAAUAUAUGAUUCAAAUCAUAGUAUUAUAUUUCCGGACGAAACUCAACAUCUACAGUUAGAAGUUCACCAAAUUCAACGUGUAGCGAGUUACCCUGUUAUUAUUGAUGAUCUUGUAAAACAAGUUAAUUGCAACGGCGCGGCAUAUUUGAAUUUCCAUUAUAGUUACAUGAAGUUUAUAUAUAUUUUGAUCUUUGUGUUAAGUAAAUUACAAAUUACUUGAGCAUAAAUGUCUUUCCUUACAUCAUUAUAUAUGUCUAUGUUUUGAUAAAGUGAUAUUUAGAAUAAUAAAGAAAUUAUUACUGAA